UGGCAGAUUUGAAAGCGGUGACACUGUGCGAGCGGGAUGACAUUUGAUGAACCAAAACAGGCCAUUAAUGCCGCAGCUAAAGUCUAUGUAAGUCCAUUCUGUGCGCCUCAGAGGCGUUCAGUUCCCAAUCUGCGUGAGAAAUGCGUCGCUGAUGUGAAACUUCCGGCUGAGGAGCGCAGUUUUUCUCACCGUCCUGUUCUUCACUUUACUCUGCUCAGUGGUUUUGUUUUUUUGUUUUUUUUUUCUGAAAUCGGGCUCAGCAAGUUUAAACAUGCGACUCUCGUGUGAUUACAACUUUAAUGAUCCCUGAAGUUUAAGCGCAAAGUCGAAAGAGAAAGCCCGUGGUGCAUUUUUCAGCUGGACUUGACGGGCGCACGACAGCUGCGGGAUCUUAUCUGUCCUCCCUCCAAAAACACCCGGUAGCUGCCGUUUAAAGCCCGUCGGUGUGAAGGUUUAUACGCAGGUUGCAGAACUUGUUCUGUUUUAGUAUCAGCAGACCACAGUGAGCUGAGAGAUCAUCCUCUGACUCUGCAGCUGAAGCCUGGAUUUCACUGCCACAGGUGAACAUGGACGUGGAUCUAGAUGGAUUAUUUCGUCAGAACACCACAUAUGACUAUGAUGACAACUACGAAUAUAAAGGGGAUUUUGAAUCAAGCAGUCAGACAGUGGGGAUGCCGGUUUUGUACUCUUUUGUGCUGAUUGUAGGCCUCCUGGGGAAUAUACUGCUCCUGGCACUUCUGGCUCAGAAGAGGCAAUCAUGGAGCAUGUCAGACACCUUUAUCCUCCACUUGGGUGUUGCAGACAUCCUGCUUCUGGUGACGCUGCCCCUCCAGGCUGCACAGGCAGCUCAGCAUUGUGAAUGGUGCUUUGGGAUCUUCUGCAAGAUCUGUGGAGCUGUUUUUAAUAUCAACUUCUACUGUGGGAUCUUUCUGCUGGUUUGCAUCAGUUUAGACCACUACUUGUCUGCCGUCCAUGUCGCCCACUUGUACUCUCACAAGAAGCCCUGGUUAGUUCAUAUCAGCUGCCUCUUGGUCUGGCUUGUUUCCCUUCUCCUCACCAUCCCUGACUGGAUUUUCCUGGUGGAAGAGAGAGAUCCAGUAAAAGAAAAAACAUUUUGUGUGCACAGCUACUCUCAGUCUGUAACUGACUGGCAGCUGUUGUCACGUUUGCUCCACCACAUGGUAGGCUUUGUCCUGCCUGCAGGCGCCCUGAUCAUCUGCUGGUCCUGUAUCUUACUACGGCUUCAGAGAAGCUCUAAAGGCCUCCAGAACCAGAGGUUCAUCAUGGUCAUCCUGCCUCUGAUAGUAGUAUUCUUUCUCUGCUGGAUGCCAUAUAACAUCACACUCCUUGUGGACACCUCCAGGAGGAGCUCUAAGGAGUCUCACAAUGAUUUAUCUGGAAAUCCUGAAGGUUCCUUGGAAACAGCUCUUGCGGCCACCUCUGCCCUAGGCUGUGUGCAUGCCUGCCUCAGGCCUCUGCUGUAUCUUGGCCUGUGUAGAAACUUCAGGAAACGGUUGCUGGACAUGAUGAAAUGUGCUACAGUUGAAUCCAAGAGUUCACUGUGGGAGCUGAACGUGGGUGAGGAAGUGCUGCCUGACCAAAGUCAUGAGGGGGAAGAGCUGAAACAGAUGACAAGUGCAGAGCAUCAGGUGCAGUCAGUUCAGGGCAGAUGACUGGAAAAAAAUGUUUUGCUGUGACUCAGAAGUGAUCUGAAUAAUGAUCCACCCCUGAGUGGUAAUUAGAGGCCUUGGUCAUCAUGUCAUUGGUUCAGUGGGCGGAGGACUAUAUUCUGUGUAAUGGAUAGAAAUAGAUAUUUAUAAAAAGAAAAGACUCUCACAUUCCGCUUUUAAUGUGAUGGUUUCAGAGCCACGUCAUCGUGUCAUGAAUUGUUGUACUUUUUAAGCUUACCACUUUAAAUCAUGAACUGUAGAUAUCUGUAUUUUAUUGUGCAAUGUUAUUGUUAUUCUUCUAACUGAAAACAAGCAGUUUCCAUUAUUUUAUCUACAGUAAAAAUCAUUAUGUCAGUGAAGUGUUUUCAACUUUUUUACAAUUAUCAUAAAGCUAAUGCCAUAACAUUUGAAACUGAAUAGAAUACAUAUUUUAUUCUUGCCAAAGCUGUUGUGUUCUGGCAUUAAACAGGCUGACACGGUUUGGAACUUUAUCACUGAGAAUACUUCACUGUUCAUUUUGUGAGCUAGUUUUUGCUUACUUUUUUUCUUAGUAGAGAUGGUGAAUUCCACAAUUGCACAGUGAGUGUGUGCAUGCCUGUGUGUGACUACAGGGGACUUAUGGAAUUUCCCUUCGGUGAAUCCCACAGUUUUUGUUCUUUUUGACUGCAUUGUUACAACAUUACUGUGUGGGUUACACAAGAUGACACAAACAGAUCAUGACAUCAUCAGUCAGGUGACAGAGCACGACCGAGGAGGAGGAAGAAGGGAAAAAAAGCUCUGUUGUUGUUGCUGCAGUCUUUCCGUAGCUCUCUGUUAAACUCUAAUCAAAGGACUUGGCUGUUUGGCAGAAAGACAUCAGCACACUUUCUGCUGUUACUGAGGAAAUGAGUAGGUGACAAAAGAAGGGAAGUUAGAGAUCAACAUCUUGUUGUGACAUUCAUAGUACAUGUUGUGCCAAACAACAAAGCCUGUGGUUUUUAAUGCUACGUUGCUCUACAGGUUGUGACCUGCCAGGCAAGCGUCAUUUCUGGGCUAAAGGCAUAAUAAUGAUACUCAUCUUUGCAAAUGUAACUUUAAAUAGAGAGUACUGUCAUAGUUGGGUGCUCAUUUGGAAACUUAAUGUACAGUAUUUUCACACUCAACAAACAUAAACCAUUUCCUCCUCUCAGACCAGCUCUUUUCCUUCCUCUUACAGCUGAAUGAUGUGUUUAUUCAGAGCCUAAGUCUCAUUAAGAAUGUGACCUAAUCUGAGAAAUACCGGUUGACAGUAACAGCAGAAUCCCAUCAUGUUUAUCACAUUACUGGUAGUGAUUACUCUUGAGCAUCACAUUAACUUGAAGUUUUAUUUCCUGCUUCAGUUCAAGCUGAUCUGUUAUACACAAGCAGCUGACCAUGAUUCUUUAAUAAGUAACAAAUGUGUUAUCAGCACAAACAAAAACGUUGGAAAACGGUAUAGAUUCCUCCAAAAAAAUUAGGCAAGAAUGCUUUAUUAUAGUUUAAAAAACAUCAUGACUGCAUGAUUAACAACAAGAAACAUUAAUGUUGGCCUCAUUGUGCUUAAUGUGUUUGAAUGGGUUUGCAGCCAAGCUCUUCAAUCCACUGUAUUACUUGCUGCUUCAGGACUGAAAUGUUGAUAGUUUAGACACGCUGGUUGUUGCUAAUAUGAUCCUGUAAAGAGCCACGACCAGCCUGCAGUGUUUAUCCAUUGCUCACCCUGGUAUGUUCAUCAUGUAAGGCUGAGCAGCAAUGGCACAUGUGUUUUAUAUAUGUAUUAGUUGAUCUGGAUAAACCUGUCUUCAGUCACAUUAUUUCUGUGUGUUCAUUUUUAAUCUUGUCACCUAUCAGUUUUCUGCUGAAAUCAUUAUGCGGAAAGAUGUGUGUCAGCUUUUUGUCACUUUGCUUCCGUUUCCUGUCAAAAAGAUGCAAACUGUUUCCAAUGAAACUGCUACCUGUGGGUUUCUAUUUUUAAUUAUUCCUACAUGUAUUCUGCACAUGAUUCUAGUAACUGUUAGAAAGUUCUCUACAUGUGCAGGGUAUAUCUUAUAAUGCAUCAAAUGCUCAAUGCAAAAAGAAAGAAGACAGAGGGAGAGCAGAAAUGAAUGUUGUACAAUCUGACUUCUCCUGAAAUUUAAGUUGUGAUCCUCUGUCUCACACUUCAGUCUUAACAUAUAUUGUGUACACUGCAUUUUCAGAACCAUGAUCUUAGCUUUACAAUGUGCAAAAAUCUAGUAUGUGAUCAAAAAGAUCACAAUUCAGAAAACCUAUGAACUUGAUGUUACAUUCCACAGUGCAUUUUGAAUAAGAAACACAUAAAACAGGCAGGGGAUGAAGUGCAUCCACUGUUUCUUGCCUGGCUCUUUGUCUACCGUAGAAUAAAGAUACAGUUGGACUUCUAUGUCUUAUAGAUCAUUCAAAAUUGUGAGUUGGUUUUGGUACAAUAUGUAGAAAAAGAAUAGGAACAUUCUCAUUACAGUAUACAAUCCCUUUUAAAUAAUACUUCUAUGGCCAGCAACUAAAUUCACUUGAGAAAUAGCGCAUUUUAUUUACUCAUUUAACAGUUUCAAUUCAUUCUUUUGCAAAAUUUCAGCCUGCUCUAAAUAUGUGUUUUGCUUUGAUUUUAGUAGUUUUUUUUUUUUUUUUUUACCUCAAAACAGUGGUAAAAUUUUCAGACCAUGAAGAAAAGAGUCUGGGAUUGAACCACUCUGAGGCUGGGAGAGACUAUAUAUAAUUGCAUCAACCUCUGAAUAGAGCAGAGCAGAAAAUUAUAGAGUCACUCUGGCAAAUAAAAAUGUAUUUUACUCCUUUAUCAGUACUCUUAUUCCUACUGGUUGACUGAUAAGAUUUAGAACCACAGAUCUUUCCAUGAACUGUUCCUAAUGCAUAUGUUAUUUUAAAUGUGUGUUUAUUUUAUUUUAUUUUUAUUUCUAAUCACCUUUCUGUUUCCUCUGUUGUUAUUCUCCUUUAUGUUGAGCAAAAAUAAAAUUUUACUUUAGUGUACAAUAAAAAUAUCAAUUUUAUUCCA